AUGAACGGCGAAGACCCCCAAGAGCGGCCAGAGCAGAUCCGCAACAUAAUCAACGGGCUCGAGCGGUACAACCCACAAGCCGCCGAUGUCCUCGAGGCCUACCUGCAGCAACAAUGUGAGGAGAAGUUCUGUGACUGCAACGCCAACCGGGCGUUGCUGAAGCUCUACCAGCUCAACCCCGACCGGAUCAAGGAUGAGGUGAUCACCAACAUCCUGGUCAAGGCCAUGACGCAGUUCCCCUCGCCGCAGUUCGACCUCGCCCUGCAUCUGCUCUCGCCCUCGCACUCCAACCCGGGUCCCAACUCGAGCUCCGACCUCGCCGAGGCCGUGUCCAAGCUGCGGGUGCUCAACGCGCAGCUGGAAGGCGCGCAGUACGCCCGCUUCUGGGCCACGCUCGACAGCGACGACAUCUACGCGGACCUGACGACCGACAUCGCCGGGUUCGAGGAGAUGAUCCGCGUGCGGAUCGCCCAGCUGGUCAGCCAGGCGUUCCGCGAGGUGCAGACGAGCGUGCUCGAGGGCUGGCUCGGGCUGGACAGCGAAGAGGAGGUGAAGAAGUUCGUGGUCGAGACGUGCGGCUGGAAGGUGGACGAGGCCGGGCUCGUGCACGUGCCCAAGAACCCCGAGAACGAGGCGAAGAAGACGGAGAUUAGGGAGGAUGUCUCGGUGGACAUGUUCAGCCGCGUCAUUAAGAGGGCGUGGGAGGACAAUGCCUAGUAUCUCUUGCUUGGCCGGGACUGGUUAACCUAAUCUCCUUUUGAGAUGGAAACUCGGGCUGCUUGGUCCCUAGCGACGAUUUCUUCUUGCAUCUGGCGGCAAAAGCCUCGGCGUUUAUGGGAUGUUACGGCGGCAUGGGCGCGCCGCGGAUUGGGAGGGAUGCAAACGGGUGUUUGUCAGGAAUUUCCACGGAUUCUAUGUUUAGAUCACGGCCUCCCCGUGCAGAUGCAAACACGAUGACAUGAGUUG